UUUGGACCUGGGUCCCUGGGGAACUACGUGGUCUUCUCCACUAGGAUCCUCUCAAUGGCCCCUGAGGAGGAAGAGGAGGAGUCUGAGGGCCCCCUGAGGGAGCAGGACCUGAAGGGGGCCUAUGUACAACUUGUCCGGGGCGUGCAGGAGUGGCAGGAUGGCUGUGUCUACCGAGGGGAGUUUGGGAUGGACAUGAAGCUCGGAUAUGGCGAAUUCUCUUGGCCCACGGGCGAGUCGUACUGCGGGCAGUUUUACCGGGACCACCGCCAUGGCUUGGGCACCUACACGUGGCCAGAUGGCUCCAGUUUCACGGGCAUGUUUUACCUCAGCCUCCGAGAGGGUUAUGGCACCAUGUACACGAAGACAAGCCUCUUCCAGGGACUGUACAAAGCAGACCAGCGGUUUGGCCCAGGUGUGGAGACCUACCCUGAUGGCAGCCAGGACGUGGGGCUGUGGUUCCGGCAGGACCUGAUCAAGCUGUGCACCGAGGUGCCCGGCAGCUUCUCCCUGCGCAGCUUCCCAGAGCUCACCUGCUUCCUCACACACGCUCCUGCCAGAAUCCACCUCUCGGACCAGGAGAGGAUGGAGUGGGACCUGCACGAGGACCAGGACCCCUUUUUCUAUGAGUACAAGCGGUUUCUUCUGAACGAUGACCUGACGCUACCCCCGGAAAUGCACGUCUACUCAACUGACAGCUGCCACUUGCCUAUGACGUGCUCUUUCCGCCAAGAGUUGGAUGCCCGGAUCUUCACCAAUGACAUCCCUCCAUUCAUUGAGGAUGAAGAGCCCUGGUUUAUAACAAAUGAGACCCCUUUGUUGGUCAGAAUCCAGAAGCAGACGUACAAGUUCAGGAACAAGAAGGCCCACAAUAGCUGGAACAUGGAUGCUGUCCUGCAGGGGAACCGCAGUGGUUUUGCACGUCAUGGGCCCAAGGAGCAGCUUUCUAAGGAGAUGAUCCUGAAGGCUGAGAAAGGGGACCACGACUGGAUUUAUAGGAUCCUGAGGGACAACUUUGCCAGUGCUGACGUGGCUGACUCGAAGGGCUACACUGUGCUUGCUGCAGCUGCUGUUCACUGUCACAGUGACAUCGUCAACCUUCUGCUAGACUUUGGGGCUGAUGUGAACAAGUGCACAGACGAGGGCCUCACUCCACUCAGCAUGUGUUUCCUCCUGUACUACCCGUCUGGGGUCUUCAAGCCCCGCGUCGCAGAGAAGGCCAAGUCUGAGCCUGAGACCCAGGAGCCCUCGAAACUCCAAGCCAUUUCAGACAUUAAGUACUCCUUUGCUAAGACGAGCCUGGAAUGUCUCUACCGUGAGGCGUGUAGCUUUGAGCCAAAGCAGGUCCUGGGCAACGAGGAUGGCAGCCUGUACCAGGGCAUCCAGCAUUCCAGGGAGUCCCCAGACCUGAAGAACAGCUUUCAGACCAGGGACGCCUCAUUAGCUAAGGGCAGCACCUGCAAUGUGGAGAAAGGGCUGGAGGACACACUGGGGAACGUGGACAAGAGCACCCUGCACAGUAACGAGACGCACUUCGAGUCCAAUGUCUGUGUGUGCAACUUGUCCAUCGACCUGUCCCACGGCCUGCUGGAGAAGGGUGCCCAGGCCUAUAGCAUGCUGCAGGCCCAUGCCCUGUGUGGCUCCACAGGCUUCGACAAGGGGACUAUGAGAAGAAUGGCACUGUCCAUGGUUGAGCGCAGAAACAGGUGGCGGACCAUCAGGUUGCUGCUGCAGCGAGGUGCCGACCCCAACCUGUGCCAGGUGCCCAUGCAGGUCCUGUUUCUCGCUGUCAAGGCCGGGGACGUGGAUGCUGUGCGGCUGCUGCUGGAGCACAGGGCAAGGACCGACAUCCGGUUCCCCAACAAGCUGGGGGCCCUGACACCACUGCACAUCGCUGCUGCCCUUCCCGGGGAGGAGGGCGUCAAGAUCACGGAGCUACUGCUGCAUGCCAUCACUGACGUGGACGCCAAAGCGGCUGACCAGGACCACAUCUACAAGCCGGGCAAGCUGGACCUACUGUCCUCAAGCAUGAAGCUUAGCAAUGAGCCAGGCCCGCCCAGUGCCUACUACAGUGCAUACUCGUCCAUCCCAGAGGAGGGAGGCAGGACGGCCUUGCACAUGGCCUGUGGGCGCGAAGGCAACAGCAGGUGUGCCAAGGACGUCGUCCAGCUCCUUCUGUCUCACAGAGCAAAUCCUAACCUGCUGUGGAGUGGCCACUCCCCACUCUCCCUGUCUAUUGCCAGUGGGAAUGACCUGGUCGUGAAGGAGCUCCUGUCCCAGGGGGUUGACCCCAACUUGCCCCUGACCAAAGGCUUGGGCAGUGCCCUGUGUGUGGCCUGUGACCUGAACUAUGAGCACCAGAGGAGUGUGGAUGGCAAACUGGCCCUGAUUGACCGACUCAUUAGUCAUGGAGCUGAUAUCUUGAAGCCUGUGACCCUCAUGCAGGGGGACAAGGUGGCGGUGGGCACGGCUGUCGACUAUGGCUACUUCCGAUUCUUCCAGGACCGGAAGAUUGCCCACUGCCCCUUCCACGCACUGAUGCCGGGAGAGCGUGAGACGUUUUUGGCCCGGAAGAGGCUCCUGGAGCACGUGGGCUUCCACCUGCGAAAUGCUGUGUUCGCCAAGGAAAGCCAGUGGGACGAGACCCUCCUGUACCUGAGCAAGAGAGCAAACAGAAAGAUGCACAUUUCUCACUCGAAGGUGGACUUUCGGAAGUCCUGGAAGCAGCAGAGCAAGGCGGUGCCCCCAAAGCCCGAGGUCCUGCUGGGCCGGACAAAACGUGUCUAUUCCGCAUGCCACCAGUGA